CAUACCUUUUUCAUUUCUUUCCUUUUUCCCCCUUCUCUUUAUUAAUAUAUCACCACCGCCACAACUCGCCGGAAAAUCUUCGCCGGUAACAUUUUCCGAUCGCCGCUCUUUUUACCUAUUUAACUCUCUCUCUCUCUCUCUCUUACGCUUAUUUCUUUUGAAACACUCCUUCUGCCUUCUGUAAUCUGUUCUCAAAACUAGGGUUUCGGAAACCCUAGCUGUUGCUUCCGCAACUGCUCCAUGAGUUUGGGGGAAGUUGUGCAGGAGUUGUUGUUGUUAUUCAGAUUCACCUUGUUGAGGUAAACGACUUGCGUUUUGGUGAUUUUCGAAGAUGAAGAGAUUGAGGUCGAGCGAGGAUCUUCACUCCUACGGAGAGAAGAACAGUGGUUGCAAGGAUUCGAAUCUGAACCGUUCGUUCUCCUCCGCGCAGAGGACUUUCUACUACAAGCAGGAGAAUGCGCGGAAGGGUUUGGUGUCGUCGUCGUCGUCGUCGUCGCGCUACGAGAGGGAUCGGACGGUGGAGGAGGAUCGGGAGGGUUCGCGCGUGGUUCGGAAGCGAUCGGAGCACGAUUUCGAGGGUUUCGAUCGGAGGAAGGGGUUCGAUCGGUACAGGGAGAGCGAGAGGGGUUUGAUUCACCGGUCGGAGAGUUUCUGCGGCGGUGGUGGGUCGCGGCGGGAUCAGUUUCCGAAGGGGUUUCGGUCGGAGAGGGAGCGGUCGAGGAGGGAGGGGAGCGUGUCGUCGUGGCGGAGAGGGUUGAAGGAUUUGGAUGAGAGGGAGAGGGAGAGGGAGAGAGUGGUGCGUUCUCCUAAGGGUUUGAGGGAUGUGAAAUCUCCUUCGUGGUCUAAGGAUUCUGUUUCCGAGAGCGAGCAAUCUAAGAAGAGAUCUUCUUCUUCUCCGAGACCCUUCAGAGAUGCUAACUCUGCUAAGUCUAAGUCCAAGUCUCCCACUUGGUCUAAGGAUUCCGAUUGCGAGCAGUCCAAGAGUGUUGAGGUAAAGAAGACUGAGGAGGAGUCGUUGCAGCAGGUUCAGAGCGGAAGUAGUAGUGAGAUGGAGGAAGGGGAGCUCGAGCCUGAACCGCAACCGGAACCGGUUCUUCCUUCGGGUGAAGACUUGCCCUCUGUUACUCUGGAGACUGAUGAGAAGCAGGUUCAGAAUGAGAAUGAGAAUGAAUGUCGCCCUGAUGGUGACACUGAUGCUGUUAUGGAGGAGAGGCAGGAGUUGUCGAGUAAGGAGGAAGUGAAACCUGAUGAGGAGGUUGGUUGCGAGGUAAAGGAUGCAGAGAAAGAGGUUGAUAAGCUGCCGGAUGUCCAGGAUGAUCCGACUGAGGAAAUGGUUGUUACUGAGACUGAUGUUGGGUCUGUGGGUAAUGGGGAUGGUGAUAGAGAGGAGUGUUUGGAUGCAGGUGGUGCUGAGUGCGAGGAGGAGGAAGCAAAGAAGGAUGCGGAUUUGGAAAAGGAGAAGGUGGUGUUGUUGAAUGAAGAGGAGCAGAAGCAGGACAAGGCUGUAGGUCAAGAAACCAGCAUGGAUGUUGUCAAGCCCGAGUCAAAUGAUGAGGUUUCAACAGGAAAUGAAACUCCCAAGCAUGUGGAUAGAGAAACGAUGAUGGAGGGUUUGAUCAACAAUGUAAAGGAUAAAGGCAAAGGUGUCUCUGUUGCAUUUGUACCUACUGACGUUGCUCAUUCUGCAGAAGAUGGCCUGUGGAUUGAUAGAGGGUCGAGAGACUUCCCAACGUGUUCUGUUGAUGUUAUAGAAGGUCCAAGCACGAGGGGAUUCGAGUUGUUUUCCAGAUCUCCUGUUAGAAAAGUGGAGAAAGUUGACCACUCCGUUCUCAACGAUCAUAAGGAUGACAUGGAACAGCUUGAUCUUACUCUUAGCUUGCCGAAUGUUCUGUUACCUAUUGGUGCUCAUGAGACAACAUCGCAAGCCCCUGGAUCCCCCAGUCAAGCACGGAGUGUGCAGUCUUUAAGUAAUACAUUCUGUACUAACUCUGAUGGUUUUACUGCAUCAAUGUCCUUUUCUGGUUCUCAGUCAUUGUAUCACAAUCCAAGCUGUUCUCUGACCAAAAAUUCCGUGGACUAUGAACAAUCUGUUGGCAGUCGCCCCUUAUUCCAGGGAAUAGACUGGCAAGGUCUGUCUCAAAGUGAUCCCAAGCAGAAAGAAGUUCCUUUUGGUCAAAGAACUUCGGCAAAUGGAAAUGGCUCCCUUUACCAGUCUCAGGCAUCAUGGGGUGCUUUAGACAGUCAAGCUGUGAAGGGUCAACAUUCCAGGGUUCUAGAGGGGAGUUCAAAAAUGGGCGGUGGAAUAGACAGGCAAUUGAGUUUUCAUAAGCAGUUUUCAGGACAGUCAAGACGCCUUGAUGAUGUUAGGUCUCCGUCACAGAGUGUUGGGUCUCAUGACAUUGGAUCAAAUUAUAGCUUUGAGAAAAAGAGGGAGGUUAGAGACAGGAGUACUGGUAGUCUGUAUCGAACUACCAGCCAGAAGGAACAAGAACAACUUCUGAUGGGUGGAGUUGAUUUUGUUGAGACAAACAUUGCUAGAAUAGUAUCUGAACCUGUUCAUGCAAUGUCCAGAAAGUUUCAUGAAAUGACCGGACAGUCCUUAGUAUCUCUGAAAGAGGGUAUUCGUGAAAUCAUGCUCAAUGCAGAUAAGCAUGGGCAAAUACUGGCUUUUCAGAAAGUUCUGCAGAACAGGUCUGACAUAGUCUUGGAUGUCCUGCUGAAAUGCCAUCGAGUGCAAUUGGAAAUUUUGGUUGCUUUAAAAACUGGUUUGACUCAUUUUCUUCACCUAGACAACAGCAUUUCAUCUUCUGAGUUGGCUCAAAUUUUUCUGAACUUAAGGUGCAAGAAUCUUUCAUGUCGAAGUCAGUUGCCCGUGGAUGAAUGUGAUUGCAAGGUUUGUGCGCAGAAGAAUGGUUUUUGCAGGGAAUGUAUGUGCCUUGUGUGUUCCAAGUUUGACAAUGCCUCAAAUACAUGUAGUUGGGUUGGAUGUGAUGUUUGCCUUCAUUGGUGCCAUACUGAUUGUGGAUUACGGGAAUCUUAUAUUAGAAAUGGGCAUGGGACAAAAGGGAUGACGGAGAUGCAGUUUCACUGUAUUGCUUGUGAUCAUCCUUCUGAGAUGUUUGGCUUUGUGAAGGAGGUAUUUCAUAAUUUUGCAAAAGAUUGGUCCGUUGAAGCCCUUUGCAAAGAGCUUGAAUAUGUAAAGAGGAUUUUUUCUGCCAGCAAGGAUAUGAGAGGGAGACAACUAUACGAGAUUGCAGAGCAAAUGCUGCCAAGGUUGGCAAAUAAGUCUAAUCUUCAUGAGGUUUUGAGGCACAUCACGUCUUUCCUUACGAAUGGUGAUCCUUCCAAAUUACCCACGACAACUAACUUUUCUGGGAAGGAACAAAUUAAAGAAAACAAUGGAGUAGCUGGGCCUAGCCAGGAAGUGGCUUGGAUGAAAUCUAUUUAUUCAGAAAAGCCACCUCUGUUAGAAAGGCCUGCAAAUAUCCUUCCUAGCUUUGGCCAGAAUGAUAAGAGAACUUUUGGGCAAGAGUUGCAGAUGAGUAGUAUCCAGAAGGACUUCUGUUUUGAUGAGUUGGAGAGUAUAGUUAAAGUUAAACAGGCAGAGGCUAAAAUGUUUCAGUCUCGUGCUGAUGAUGCUAGAAGAGAAGCUGAAGGGUUGAAACGCAUUGCUGUGGCAAAGAGUGAGAAAAUUGAGGAAGAAUAUGCCAAUCGAAUUGCCAAGUUGCGAUUGACCGAGACUGAUGAAAUUCGAAAACAAAAAUUUGAAGAACUCCAAACAUUAGAGAGGGCACAUAUGGAGUAUUUGAACAUGAAAAGGAGAAUGGAAACAGACAUUAAAGAUCUGUUAUCCAAAAUGGAAGCUACUAAAAUGAGCCUUGCCAUGUGAUCUCAAAAAAAUCUAGAAUAGUACUUUCAUUUUCAGACAAAUGUAAUGUGUUCCAUCCUGAAAUUUGUAGGUUCUGAUGCCACCACCUUAUUGUUGUGAGCUACUUUAGUCCUGAUCCGUAGUUGUAUCUACUUGUUGUAGUUCAUUUUGCUCUUAAGCUGCUAACCAAAACCUGUAGAGUUCAUCACAACAGUUAAUUAGUCUUAUGAAACAAUAUUAGUUAUGAAAACAAUUUAAAUAGAUUAUCAUCUAAAUGCACUUUUAACAAUGCCUAGCUUUGGAUGAGUUUACUGUCAUUGGUGACUAUCACACUUUGACCAAUGGCAUCAAGUCAUCAAUACUGUUGUAUUUAGUCAAAUGAUGAUUUCAUGGUUAUCCUUGGACCAGUGUAAAUCAGCUGAACCUCUUACAUCCAUUUUCUGAAGCUUCAUGUUCA